UUGAAACAUUGCGCAAUCAUUGAACAGAAGUUUGAGCUACCUUAAAUUUAUGGCGCACUACACACCAUACAAACUUAUUGUGCAAUAUUACUGUGCAAUAUUAUUGACCGUGUGUAGCAGGCCUAACAAAGCAAAUUGAACAGUAACGAGCUCGUCCAUUGUGGGUAGUUUUUCCAUCGUGUAAGUUUAUUCCAUAAAAAUUUUAUAUAUUUUUGUUUUGCUGUUACGAAAAAUACUUAGGCCAUUGCACAAUAUUAUUGACCGUGUGUAGCAGGCCUUACGGUCGAUGCAUGCUGCAUUGUGUUGGUUGCGUACAUUAUAUUUAUUACUCUUGAUAUGUUAGAUAUUUUCGGCUAGUGACUUUCGGCCGACCGGAAAUUGCGAAGACGCCAUUUUCAGGCAAUUUAGACCCUAUACCAUCCAUAGUACAGUCCAAGAAUCAGAACCACAUCAGAACGUUUGGCGGGCUUUUUUUCUGGGAAAUCGCCUACCUAUCGCCCUCUUUAUCUUCGUAUACACUGGUGUAACUGCGAAUAUUGGGUUCUUUGUUCUUUGUAACGAAAUGGAUCAGACAGUAACGAGCUCGGCCAAGAUUUUCACGUCAAGUUUUGAUACGGGCUGUCGCGUCAGUGUCCUGUGUUCCAUCCACUUCCAUCACUAAAUAUCGAAAUCGCAUUGUUAACGUGCGUGCUCGGGUUUAUCAGCGAGAAUUGAAUUAACAGAAUCAUAGAAGUCGUUGAGUCGUCAUUCUAUUCUAGCAGUUAUUUCAACAACUUCUCUUACAAGAACCUGAUCAUAACGGUUGCAUCAUCCAUCACCAAAUAUACCAAUUGCGGAAGCACGUGAUUACUUGCAGUCAAAAAUACAGAGAGACGAAAUCUGAAACACAAAAUAUAAUUGCCAAGUCAACGUUGACCCGCAGAUAGGAUGAUUUCUCGUCAGUGCGCAGGGUCUGAAAGUAGAGCGGCAUAUUUGUCACACUCCAUCAGGAUGGAAGCGAACGAUCAACACUUUACAGAUUUUACGUGGAUUUUGUGUGAUUGGUCUUUGUUAUACGACACAACGUAUUCCCAAGGACUGCUAUCUGAUUCUUUCCCUCUUAGAGGAAUAGAAUCAGAUAAGUGUACUUGCCAGUUGUCCUUCAAACCAAAGAAUCUGAAAAAUUGUUUAGGGAUUGAGUUUUCUGAUUCUUCCCAUUUUUUGGCAAUGAAAAUUCAAGUUUUCAUCAAUAACGAACAACAAUUUGAGAAAUGUUAUUUGCACCCAGUACCCAGGAUUAUUUAUCCCCCAGGAUUGAAGUUAUCACUUGAAAAGAAAAGUUUGGAUGAUCUAUUAAAAAACAUUUAUGGUGGUCGGAAUGAUAAAACGAAUCAAAUCGAAGUGAAGUUUUCCAUCUCUAAAAUACCCGAAUAUCAUCAAAGCGUUCUCCGCCAAAUACCGACAACAAAUGUUAUACGAAGUUCAGAAGCUUUAUAUGAGAAGAAGGCAUUUUGUGAUGUAACUUUCGUAUUCGAUGAUAAAGAGUUACCUGCUCAUAAAGUUGUCCUCGCACUACGAAGCGAAGUUUUCGAAGCAAUGUUUUUAAGCGACAUGAAAGAGAAAGAUACAAGCACAGUUGAAAUUGUUGACACAAAAGCCGAAAUCUUCGAAGAAUUUCUCAAGUAUUUGUACACUGGGGAAUUGAAUGAUUUGGAAAAUAAGGCUGAAGAAAUGUUGUUAUUGGCAGACAAAUAUCAGGUUGGCGAGUUGAAAGAUAUGUGCGAAAAUUUUUUCUUGGAUAAUAUUUCUGAAGUAAACGUUAUAAAGAACCUUAUUGUUGCGGAUAAGUAUCGUUGCGCCACAUUAAAGAAAAAAGCUACGAACAUCCUUCAAAUCAAUGCCAAUGUAUUGAAACAAGCUAUCAUGAGUGAAAGCUCCGAGACUUUAUCGAUUUUGAAAGAGGUGUUAGCCAAGGAAGAUUGUUCCCCUGAAUAGGUGUAAGUUGUAAGUGAAAAUUACACAAAGAUUUUAUUUCUUUAUUUUGCAAUUGAAAACAAAAGAUGUAUUCCACGUUGAGUUAGUGUGUAAUAUGCUAAUUGAUAACUACCACAAUUACGCGCUGCACACUUGUAAAAAGGCACAUGGACGUGCUACGUAGUUUGGUAAUCGCAUGUAAAAUACGUGCAAGAAAUCUAUCCUAACACAUUUAAAUAGAAAUGCGGGAUACUUACGAGAAAUGCGUGCAUCUAUUUCUAAAAAUGCGAUACUGUCGCCAAAUUUUAUUCGUUUUUAUACGAUUCUAACAGUUGCGUUUUUGUUUUGUAUAAGAUUUUAUUUUUAUAGAUGUGCGAACCAUUGUAUAUGAACGGAACAUGAUAUUGCAUUGAAACUUGACUUCAACAGAGACCUUCACUUGUA